AUGUGCCGUCCGCUGCAGGGUGUACACAGAGCGGGCCUGCAUGUGGUGGUUGCGCGCGGCCGACACGGGGCGAGUACCAUUUGUGGCGUGAGUAUGUGUGCGUGGUGGGCUGGGGAGGCCUCUGAGGCGAAGGAUGCUGCGGUUGACAGCCUUGCGGCACGCGCCGGGCUUUUUCGUUGUAGUUUUGAUGUUGGGGUGAAAAGAAAAGCAUAUUUCUUCUUCUUGUUGGUUGCAGUGGCGGCGGGCACGGCGUUCAUUCACGAUAGUUGUUUCUGCGUGCGGCACGCGUCGCCUUGUGGGGAAGCAUCCAUCGAUGUCUCUUGGUCCCUGCACUGUGUGGGUGUGUUGGCGGAACUCUUCAGUCGGCUUUUUUUUUUCUCUCUCUCUGUGUGUGUGGAGGGGGCGGGGGCGCAUUGGGUGCUUGCGCCAUGA